AUGGAUUGCCUUUUUUUCUUGUGUAUUUGUAGUGGUAGCCGCUCCUCUAAAACAUUUAAACCAAAGAAGAACAUACCAGAAGGUUCUCAUCAGUAUGAGCUCUUAAAGCAUGCAGAAGCCACACUUGGCAGUGGCAAUCUGCGGAUGGCUGUCAUGCUUCCUGAGGGAGAAGAUCUCAAUGAGUGGGUUGCAGUGAACACUGUGGAUUUUUUCAAUCAGAUCAACAUGCUUUAUGGAACAAUCACAGAUUUCUGUACAGAGGAAAGUUGUCCAGUGAUGUCAGCUGGCCCAAAAUAUGAGUAUCAUUGGGCAGAUGGAACAAACAUAAAGAAGCCCAUUAAGUGCUCUGCACCAAAGUAUAUUGAUUACUUGAUGACUUGGGUUCAGGACCAGUUGGAUGAUGAGACAUUAUUUCCUUCAAAAAUAGGUGUCCCAUUCCCGAAGAACUUCAUGUCUGUGGCAAAAACUAUACUCAAACGCCUCUUCAGGGUUUAUGCUCACAUUUAUCAUCAGCAUUUUGACCCUGUGAUCCAGCUUCAGGAGGAAGCGCAUCUGAAUACAUCUUUCAAGCACUUUAUCUUUUUUGUCCAGGAAUUUAACCUGGUUGACAGAAGAGAACUUGCACCACUCCAAGAACUGAUUGAGAAACUCACGUCAAAGGACAGAUAAGGGAUGCGAACUGUGCAAAUUGUUCCCAUGAAGUUCUGUGGAGUGUAUUUGGAUUUCGUUGUAUUUUAUUUUUGUCUCAGUUGUUUUUGUCUAGAUUUGGGGGGCUUAUUUGUGUUCUUUUUUCUUCUGAAUAAAUGAAACCAUAUUCUAUUGCUAUAGAAAGCCAACAGCCAUUCUCUAUACAUUUGAUAGGCGUAAAUUUUGUCUUAGUGGCAUUUUUUUUAACUUGGUUUUGGUUACUUGUGGAAUUUUUUAUAAUGUUGUAGGUUGAAAGAGAAUGCUUAUUGAUUGGGCUGCUCAUGGAUGGGAUUCUACGUUGUGUAAAUUGUGGCUGAUUUUUUAAGUCCCCAAAAGACUUAUAUUUUAAGUGCCUUGGCAGGCUCACUUCUGAGGUGCAAAGCACAUAGAACCAAACAGGGCUUGAAACAAUAGGAUUAUUACCCGGAGCACUUACUGAUGCAUGUUUUAAAAUAUCUAUGAUAAAAGCCAUAGUUUACCUGAAUUGAUGAUCUCUAGCUUUUACUACAUCGAAGAAACACAAUUUGUAAAGGUGUGCAUGUAGAGCAUAAAAAAUUAGUAUUUCUUAAUUAUUUUUCAUAUUGAUGGUAAUUCUGUUCAACAGAUGCUUAAAGUUCCACAAGCAGGUCUUUUUCCAUCUCUUUACUGUGAUAUUGAAACUUGAGGAUGUUGAAAUGCAAUAUCUGUUGCAUUUUGGCUUCUUUCUACAUGUUAACUGCACUGUAGGUGUGAAUAUUCAGGUUUAUGUACAGGUUUGCCAUCUUCAGAGGUGAUGCUGAACUGUGAGGUUUCUUAGCAAUUGCCAAAUGAGCCAUAAGUCUGCAGAAUCUCCUCCUACUUUGAAGAAGCUUUGAUAGGAGUGUGUGUUCUGUUAUAGGGGAUUCGCUUGUGUAGGGAGUUAAAGAUGGAAUUAACUGUGGAGAGUCAAGUUCAAGAAAGUCCUGUCUUAAAACCCUUGAAUAGAAUGGCAUGAAGAUUUUAAUCAAUUUCGUGUAAGCAUAGUCUUAGAGACUUCUUUUUAGGAAUCAACUUCCAUAGAGAAGUUAAAAAUAAGUUAUUAAUUUUAGGUAUAGAUAUUAAAUAAGGAAUAAAGGACUAUUUGGGAACAUUGACCACUUUCCAGCACUUCCAUUCAGUGAAUGGAGCUGGUGUUUGCCUGUCAUUUUAAAUGAUACAGUACAUUCUUUGGUUAUUACAGGCUCUAUUUGAAGCAUUCUGACAGCUGAUUUUCCACUGUGAAAGGAAAUAUUUUUCUUUGCAGUGAUAGUAAACAACGAAAGUGCUAAUUCAGAGAUUAUUAACUUUUACAUUUUAGUUUCCUUGACUUUUUAGUGAAUUAUUCCCGUAAGUUUUGAAAAUUGAUUUUUAAAAUAAAUAUUAACAUUUUCACUUUACUUUUAUUCUUGAGAUAUAUUCUUUUUAGACUUCGUUUUAAUUUUCUCAUUUCCGGUAAAGCUAUCCCUUCAGUUUGAAAUAUAUACUCUUUUUUUUUUAAGUUAGAAAUAUAUACCCUUUUCCUUGUAGAAUAGAAAUCUUGCUCUGAAACUGUAUAGACUAAAAAUACUAAGAAUCUAAAAUGAAAUCAGUUAGGUUUUGCUCUUAACAAGUAGAGCCGCGAUACAGUUUAAUUACAUUAUAAUUACCAUCACUAGGAACUGCCUUUUUCUCCAUUUCAUUUAUAGCCAUCAUUCUCAAGUACCAACCAUAGAAAUAACAGGAGAGCCUGGCAGAGAUAUAUUGGACAUUCAUUGGUAAUACUUAGUUAAAAAUUACAGUGAGAACUAGCUGAUGUCCUUAAAACAACUCUUUUAAUAUCCAGAUCUUUUAGCAGCCAUUAUGGGUAGAUUCAGAAGUAAAAUUCGGCAUCAACUGAUUUUGAGUUCUAUCUGGGAAAAUGAAGCACAUAAUUACUCAAGUAGUCUUCCAUACUGCAUUUGUCUUCAUAUCAACCUAGUAACAAAUAGGUUGCAAUAGCCAAAUGUAGAGAGUAUAGUAAAAAAUUAUUCUUGUUCUUUUAAGCCUUAUGCAGUAAUAUACUGUAAAAAUGGAAAAAUGUUUCCAUCAAUGAAUGUUUAGUAGUAGGACCUCCUUUCCCAUUGUAUGUAUGUAAGAGUUUGUCGUCACUGUGCCAGAAUCUCAGGUGCCUGCCUCUGAGUAUUCCUGUAAACAGAGUUAUUGGAAAGUAUGGAAUUAUGUAUGUGUUUAUAUGGUAACAAAGUAGUGAGGUUCUCCCAGAGGCCUGGCAUUGUACAUGGUGUUAUAUGGCUAUGAGUAGGAAAACAUUCACCAGAGCAUGUGAGAAAUAACUAAUUUAAUAAAAAAUUGCUUUGAUUCUGUUAGUUCCCAUGAACCCUUUAUAAAAUAAGGAUCACAUCUUGGCUUUGCAGCAGAACUUGCUUAUAAAUGUCUAUUGAAUUCUUUCCAGAUCUCUUUGUUAAGUUUAUAAAUAACCAAGAUAAAGAUUUCCCUCCUUUUCUUUAUAUGGAAGUAUAAAACAGAAGUUGGUUUUCCCAUCUGCUGAUAAAAGCAUAAAAUAUAAAAUAGUAAGUUAACAUAGUAUUGUUUUCACAAUGCUUUGGUUAAAUAUUGAUAUGCAGCAAGUUUUAGGAAUUACUUUAAAUGAUGGCAUGAUGGUGGUGGAGAGAAUAACAAAGUGUGAAAAUCCUUUAGUUAGCAGUAGAUGGUGCUACUGGCUUUCAUUUGCUGACUUGAUUAUUCUGUUUCCCAUAAAAACCCAUUAUAUUAAACUGCACUGAAACAGUGAACAUUUUGUUAGUUAGCUGGUAGAAGCUUUGGAAGUCAGUUUACCUUAACUUGAGAGAUUUUAGAUUGCUAUUGCUUUUUACCUUCGUUAUCUGUAAAUUCUAACUGAUCAGCAUAAAAUGUAUUUGGUAGGAGAUGACAUAUUUAGUGGAUAACAUAUCACAGACUGAGUUACUGCCUAUUUUAUCAGCAGAGAUAAAGCACUACAAUCGCUUUUAUUUAGAAAAUACAGAUGAUGUGGAUAUUUAUAUUUUACAUGUAAUCACCAGACUCCAUUUUAUGUAUUAGCAUUUUCCUUGCUUAUGGGAAAAUAGCAAAAUGACAGAUUUAUUUUAUACCUUUGUCUACCCCUCUCUAAGAGAGGUUUUGAUAACCACUGAAAUGGUAAAGUAUGUGAGAUGCAAUUGCUAAGUUGUAGGGCUUUGUUUUAAAAUAAACGUUAUUCUUUAAACAUCCAAAUGAGAGUAGAUCUUCAGGGUGGUUCCUUUGGGAGCACUGCUUAUUCCAGCUAUGCUGCAAAGGUGUAAAGUUUUUGGAAUGCUUUCAAAGAAGCCUUGAGAAUCAGUGUAUGACUAUGCAAGAUAAUCUAUUUCAUCAUUUUAGUUGCACCAAAACCUCUUUUUGGCAACUUAAUUAUGACUAUCUCAUUCACCAAACCAAUUCUGCUUUGCUGUUUUUUUGGAACUAAACCGUGAAGGAAGUUCAAUAGAAUGUAUCAUAGAUUCUGAAAUUUGCAGAAGAGUGUGUUUUGAGCAUAGGUAGCAUCAUAUAAUAAAGGAAUUGUUUCCUGAUGUCACUACUUUGAAGUACACAGUAUCAUUUGGAUGUAUAGGUUUUAUUUUUUUAAAUUUAGUUUAAUUGUCUUAUAGUUAAGUAUAAUAAUAAAAAAAUCAAAGUCUU